CCCUCAGCGGCCACAGGUAGCCAGCAGCAGAUAAGAUUUUGAUAGCACACGGCCGAGUGCUGAUCCCACAGCGGCCACAGGAAACAAAGCCGAAACGAAUAUAGCAGCAGCCCAGGAUAAGAUUCAAAAUAUCUUGACGACUGUGCAGCUCGCAGGCUGCGGCAAUGGCGGCGACACUGCAGUUCAUCAGCCUGCUCGGCACCUCCUCCGCCCAUCCAGCCCCUUCCUGCAGCAGCAGCAACGAGAAGCAGCACCGCUCUGUCCACCUGCCGCAGCAGCAGCAGGGGAGGAGGCUCCGCGCCGUCCGCGCCGUCGAGACGGGCGCCGAGCCUGCCACCGCCGACUCUGAGACGACGGUGGAGCCGCCGUCCGUCGACUUUGCGUUCGUCAGCCCUCGGUUGCUGCCGGACGGGACGCCGGACGUGCACUACCGGACGGCGUGCGGCGGGCAGAAGCUCAGGGACAUCAUGCUCCAAGGUUACAUCGACCUCUACGGGCCUUACGAUAAAUUGCUGCUCAACUGCUCGGGAGGCGGCGAGUGCGGGACUUGCAUCGUGGAGGUAAACCAACUUUCAGAGUUAAUGUUGAAACCGCAAGUGCUGGAUAAGCACAUCUGUAGGAUAUCUCUAGAAACAAUCCUUGCUAUUAACUGCAGCCGCAACUCGGAAAACUCUCAAAAUAUCCAUUCCCCUUCACAUUUUUUUCAGGUAGUUGAAGGCGGCGAAAUGCUUUCUCCGAAAAACGAAGUAGAAAAGGAAAAGCUCAAAAGGAAACCCAAGUCAUGGAGGCUGGCGUGCCAGGCCACGGUUGGCAACCCAGAUUCAACAGGACAGAUGGUCAUACAACAGCUACCAGAGUGGAAGGUACACAAGUGGGACAAGUGACUGGCGUAUAACAUUAUGAUGAUUAUGCAGUAGACCUCAUGAGUCAUGACCCUGGAAGUAUUAAGGCAGGAGCAACACUUGGUCAAGAGAAGAAGAACUAGAGGCUGUCUGCUUGAAACCUCAGCGAGGACUAUAUGUAAAGGCCGACACAGAGACAUGUGAAGGCGUCCCAUAGAACUAGAAGCACAGGCGCACUUCCUUGCGCUCGCAAACAAAUACGUAGUGCAAAAUAAUCCAAAGUGCUCCAAUGCUCAAAUAUAAAACAAUCGGUUCAUUUUUCUCA